AUGAUGCCGAAUGUUGCUCCAAACAGCUACUAUUUAAACAUACCGAAUGCCAAUUCGACCUCAACGACUACGUCCUCGAUCUUUUCUGAUCUCAACAAGGAGUACGAGUCAAAGAUUAAAGAAAUCGAAGAAUAUUAUAUAAAGACACUGCUCAAUGAAAAUACCGAUAAUGAUGACAGCAGCAGCUCCGAGGGGCAUAAUAUAAAUGAAACGGACAUUUUAAGUGAAUACUCACCAAGGCCUUCUCCUUGGUUACCAUCCAAACCAAACUGUUAUCAUCCGUUGGGAGAUUUUAAAGACUUGAUCAUAUCAGAUUCCAGACCUACAAAUACAUUACCUAUUAAUAACCCUUUCGCAGGCAAUAAUAACAUCUCAACACUUGCUACAACUGAGAAAAAACGUAAGAAAAGGUCACUCGAAGUUGAGAUUAACCCUACUUACACGACAAGUGCAUUUUCAUUACCCCUGACAGCGGAGAAUUUACAAAAACUAUCUCAGGUGGAUUCUCAGUCUACUGGACUUCCAUACACACUUCCAAUUCAGAAAACAACAAAACUGGAACCUUGUAGAAGGGCACCUUUGCAGCUUCCUCAAUUAGUCAAUAAGACCUUAUACAAAACUGAGCUCUGUGAAUCUUUUACUAUUAAAGGCUAUUGUAAGUAUGGAAAUAAAUGCCAAUUUGCUCAUGGUCUUAAUGAACUGAAAUUCAAGAAAAAAUCAAACAAUUAUAGAACUAAACCUUGCAUAAAUUGGUCGAAGUUAGGCUACUGUCCGUACGGUAAGCGUUGCUGUUUCAAACACGGUGAUGAUAAGGACGUUGAAAUAUAUCAAAAUGCUAACGAUGGAAGAAGUAAGGAUACGGCGUUGACUCCACUUCCUACUUCCCUAGCCCCAAGCAACAACGAUAAUAUCACUAAUUUGAGUAAGCCUAGGAACUUACAUACUAGUGUUAAAGCAUUGCAAAGGAUGACUUGGUAG